AAUAAGCAAGAGGCAAAACUGUGACACAGCUGUGAGUGGCCAGAAAACAGUGACAUUGACAGGAUUUUCCACACAGCUGCAGCCUAAUAUGAUCAGAUGGAAUAUUCUGUAGCAAUCUAACCUCUCUUACUCCUCUAAGCCCAUCCUUCAGCUCCAUCUACCACCACCACCAACAUCCUGCACUUUCAUACACUGAUGGAGUAGGAAGCAGCGCAGAGUCCACAUGCACCUCCAAACAGUUUUUUUCCUUGUGAUUUUAAGGGAGAUUUUAUUAAGAGGCGGCGCUUGUUGGCUCCAGAGUAGCGUCGUAACGACACUCCCCCGUCCUUGUUAAAAGAGUUUGACCAGGGCCAGAGUUGGUGCUGGGGGGUCGUCUACAACUUGGAAAUAUUCUGGGGGGUCAUCAUUGCAUUUUUAAAAAUCCCAGCAGAUUGUUUAUUUUUUAUUUUAUUGUUUUUUAUUUUAUUUUUAUACCCAGUUGAACACCGCUACUCUAAGAUCUGACACCUUUCGGAGAUUUUUUUCGUCCACCUUCCAGAUCAUGAACAAACUAUAUGUUGGGAAUUUAAGUCCUUCGGUCACUGUCGAGGACUUGAAGCAGCUCUUUGGGGCGAGGAAGCUGCCCGAGCCCGAGCAGAUCUUACUGAAAUCCGGCUAUGCAUUUGUGGACUUCCCCGAUCAGAACUCGGCCAUAAAGGCUAUAGAGACUCUUUCUGGUAAAGUUGAACUACACGGGAAGGUGAUAGAAGUAGACUACUCUGUUCCCAAAAAACUAAGGAGUCGGAAGAUCCAGAUCCGGAACAUUCCCCCUCAUCUACAGUGGGAGGUUUUGGACGGCCUUUUAGCUCAGUAUGGUGCUGUAGAAAACGUGGAACAAGUGAACACUGACACAGAAACAGCAGUGGUGAAUGUUACGUACGCAACCAAGGAGGAAGCUAAAGUAGCCAUUGAGAAGUUGUCAGGUCAGCAGUUUGACGACUGCUCCUUUAACGUGUCAUAUAUUAUGGACAUGGAUGCUGCUCCACCUGCCCAGAGUCCCCGUAUCCGGCGUGGGGGUCGAUCGCCUCGGGACCAGGGCCCGUCUCAGCCCGGACCCUCGGGAAGCUUCGGUGUUCCACGUCAGAAACAGCACGACCUUCCUCUACGCAUACUUGUGCCUACCCAGUUUGUGGGAGCCAUUAUUGGAAAGGGGGGGCUAACUAUCAAGAACGUCACCAAACAGACACAAUCUAAGGUGGACAUUCAUCGAAAAGAAAAUGCAGGUGCAGCAGAAAAGGCCAUCACCAUCCACUCAACACCAGAGGGCUGCUCCGCUGCCUGCUGCAUGAUCCAGGAAAUCAUGGAGAAAGAAGCCAGUGAGACCAAGACGACGGAGGAGUUCCCUCUGAAAAUCCUGGCCCACAACAGUCUGAUUGGUCGGCUGAUUGGGAAGGAUGGACGCAACCUAAAGAGGAUCGAAGAGGAGACAGGGACCAAGAUAACCAUCUCCUCGUUAAAAGACUUAACCAUUUACAACCCUGAGAGGACCAUCACUGUCAAGGGCAGCCCUGAGGCGAUUAGUAAAGCCGAGGUGUUGAUCAUGAAGAAACUGAGGGAAGCCUAUGAAAACGACAUUGCUGCUUUAAAUCAACAAGCCAACUUGAUUCCAGGCUUGAAUCUUAAUGCUCUGGGCAUUUUCUCCUCUGGUCUGCCGGUGCUGCCCCCUGCUGCUGGACCACGUGGUGCAGUGCCCCAGAUGGCUCCAGCAAGUUACAACCCAUUCUUAAGUCACUCUUCACAUCUCGGUGGCCUGUAUGGGGUUCCUCCAGCAAGUCCCAGCCCUCACCAGCACUCACAACAGGCUCCAGAACAGGAGGUUGUCUACCUCUUUAUUCCAACUCAGGCAGUUGGGGCCUUGAUCGGCAAAAAGGGCCAGCACAUCAAAGAACUGGCCCACUUUGCUGGAGCGUCCAUUAAGAUCGCUCCAGCUGAGAGUCCAGAUGUCACUGAAAGGAUGGUUAUUAUUACUGGAACUCCAGAAGCUCAGUUUAAGGCUCAAGGUCGGAUAUUCGGGAAGCUGAAAGAAGAGAAUUUCUUCUCGGCAAAGGAGGAGGUCAAACUGGAGACGCACAUCAAGGUUCCCUCAACUGCAGCUGGCAGGGUCAUUGGUAAAGGAGGAAAGACGGUGACCGAGCUGCAAAACUUUACGUGUGCAGAGGUCAUCGUACCACGGGACCAAACUCCAGAUGAGAAUGACGAGGUCUUUGUGAAAAUCAUCGGACAUUUCUAUGCCAAUCAGACUGCACAGAGGAGGAUCCGGGAAAUCAUACAGCAGGUCAAACAGCAGGAACAGAAACACCAGCAGGGCGCUGCCGUGUCACAGCACCACUCCAAGUGACCAGCAGGGCGGCCUCCGUGGGCGCCAGCCAAUGAAUGUAGCCCUCCCAUUAUGGACAAAAACCCCACCCAGGCAAAGGCCCAGGGGGACAUGCAGGGCAGACCAGCAGCACCGGGAACAAAACCAAAGAACUUUAUUAACGGGGGAAACAA